GCCACAAUGCCUGGGUCUCUUCCAGUGAAUGCUGAAUCCUGCUGGCCCAAAGAUGUUGGAAUUGUUGCACUGGAAAUAUAUUUUCCCUCUCAGUACGUUGACCAGGCGGAGCUGGAGAAGUAUGAUGGUGUGGAUGCUGGUAAAUACACCAUUGGGCUCGGCCAGUCAAAGAUGGGGUUCUGCUCCGACCGGGAGGAUAUCAAUUCCCUCUGCUUGACUGUGGUUCAGAAGCUCAUGGAGAGGAACAGCCUUUCCUAUGAUUGUAUCGGGAGGUUGGAAGUUGGAACGGAGACAAUAAUCGAUAAAUCAAAAUCCGUAAAGACUGUCCUGAUGCAGCUGUUUGAAGAAUCUGGUAAUACGGACGUGGAAGGAAUCGACACCACCAAUGCAUGCUAUGGAGGCACCGCUGCUCUUUUUAAUGCUAUUAAUUGGAUUGAGUCCAGUUCUUGGGAUGGGCGUUACGCGCUUGUCGUGGCUGGAGACAUAGCUGUGUACGCCACCGGAAACGCGAGGCCAACAGGUGGAGCUGGUGCUGUUGCUAUGCUAGUUGGUCCGAACGCUCCGUUAAUUUUUGAGAGAGGGUUGCGUGGAACCCACAUGCAGCACGCAUACGACUUCUAUAAACCAGAUAUGGUCUCUGAAUAUCCUGUGGUUGAUGGCAAACUGUCUAUACAGUGCUACCUCAGUGCGUUAGAUCGCUGCUACACUGUCUACCGCAACAAAAUCCACGCCCAGUGGCAAAAGGAGGGGACAGACAGACGUUUCACCUUGAAUGACUUUGGAUUCAUGAUCUUUCAUUCUCCCUACUGUAAACUGGUACAGAAGUCUGUGGCUAGGCUCUUGCUGAAUGACUUUCUCAGUGACCAGAGCCCAGAAACAGCAAACGGUGUUUUCAGUGGUCUGGAGGCUUUCAGGGAUGUGAAACUUGAAGAUACAUAUUUUGACAGAGAUGUGGAAAAAGCUUUUAUGAAAGCUAGUGCAGAGCUCUUCAAUCAGAAAACCAAAGCUUCGUUGCUUGUAUCCAAUCAGAAUGGAAAUAUGUAUACCCCUUCAGUCUAUGGUUGCCUUGCCUCUCUUCUAGCCCAGUACUCCCCAGAGCAGCUCGCAGGACAGAGAAUCAGUGUGUUCUCGUAUGGCUCUGGUUUUGCUGCUACGCUGUAUUCCAUCAGAGUUUCACAGGAUGCCACUCCUGGUUCUGCACUGGACAAAAUAACUGUCAGCCUUUCUGAUCUCAAAACAAGACUUGACUCAAGAAAAUGUAUUGCGCCUGAUGUCUUUGCCGAAAACAUGAAGAUUAGAGAGGAAACCCAUCAUUUGGCCAACUAUAUUCCACAGUGCUCGGUAGAAGAUCUCUUCGAGGGCACAUGGUACCUUGUGCGUGUGGAUGAAAAGCACAGGAGAACUUAUGCGCGGCGCCCGCUCAUGGGUGAUGGACCACUGGAGGCAGGAGUUGAAGUUGUCCACCCGGGCAUUGUUCAUGAGCACAUCCCAAGCCCUGCUAAGAAAGUGCCAAGAAUCCCUGCAACAACAGAAUCUGAAGGCGUUACUGUUGCCAUUUCCAAUGGGGAGCAUUAAGAUACCUCUGUGAGGUGGGGAAUGUAAGAAGGCGUGAGGGUAGGGUGAGAGAGAGAAAAAGGGUUGCAGUAGUGCUGAAGUUUGAGUGUACAAUAGUACUUCCUUGGAGCAUGGAAAAACUGUUUAAGCUCCUUGAAAAAAAUUGUCAUAAUAUGGUGUGCUGAUAUUUAUAGUAUUUCAGAACACUAAAAUCAUGAAUAUACUAGAGAUGGAGGGGAUUGUCAGGGGAUUCCUUAACAUGUCUGAUUUUUUUAAUUGCAGAGUAGUAGCUGUAGUCUAUUACAAGGUCUUUGUACAUAGGAAAAAAGUAAUCUGCUGCUUGCUCUUUCCAUGCAAAAUGACUCAAAACCUACACUGUUAACUUCUACUUCUACUCAAGUGUGUGGCAAAAUAGUCCAAGCUUUUAAUGUUAGGGUUCUCAGUGCCUUGACAGUAAGCAGUCAGUCUUCUGAGUACUGCACUUCUCUUUCUCUUUAUUGCCUUCCCUUUCUUCUCCCAGUCUACCUCCCAUCACCUCAUUGCUUUGGGAAAGGUAUAGAACCAAGUAACAUUCAUUGCUGGAAUAGAAUUUCUCUCCUCUGUCGAAAUGACUGAAUCGAGAACAGCUAGACUGACAGGUGGUCUUCUUCCAAGAAACUCUGUGACCCACUGUGUUGGUUGCUAUGUAAUUCCUCCUAAUGUCCAUCUUAGGUGUUUUAUACCUGCAUUAUAAACCACAGCAGCCUGGGAGGGAAGAGGAAAAAGAGGGGAGAUAGUAAUUUUUUUUCUUCUGAAGAAAUUAGUUCAUUGAUUUGGCACCUUGCAGGUUUGUUUAGGAGAAGUACCUAAAGGCAGCAGAAUUUUCAAAUAAAACUUCUAGAUAUUAUGCAGCUGUUCUAAUUGGCAAAGGAAGGGAGGAAGAUUACUUUGUCUAGAGCUCUGGCCUCUCGCUUUUCUUUAUACAAUAUAUUUCCAAAAGACUAUUUCUAACUUUGAAUUUGGCUUUGUACUUUGAAGUCCUUCUUACUUACUAUUGGUAAUACUGUAGGAGUGGGGUCUUUUUUUUUUCUUUUUUCCAACAUGCAAGCUCAAACUAUCCAUUUUGCAAGUGGUAGAUAUACAAUGCUAAUGGGGAUUCCAUUCUGGUAGAUUUUUAAAGCCCAGACUGGAAAUUAACUAUGACAUGAGCCUUGUAAGCUUGUAAUAUAUAUUUAAAAUGAGCUAAUGUACAGAAUGAAGUUUUGUUGAAUUUAUUUCUUUGCUGAUUCACGAAGUUACAUUAUCUAAUAUAAAGUAGCAAAAAAUGAUUUGUCUGUUAAAUUACAAACUUUUUGUGUGUAAUGAAGUGUUUGUAUUAUCUGUCACUCACUAGGAUUUGAAAACUUGCUGUAUUUGUACAGUCAAGCCUUGGUAAAAUAGUUGUUUGUUAUAAAUUGAUGAAUACUAAUCUGUUUACUCUGCUGAAAAUGAUGGAGCGAUGGUGCAUGACGAUAGUGUUUGGAAGUGUUUUGGUUUAGGUUGCCCUUGUGAAACUUCUUUUGGCACCAGAAAAACAAAUUGCCAUGGAACAAAGUCCAUUGCUGGCAGUGGACGAGCCAAGAAGUGAGCUACUGGCACAGAGUUAACCACAGGGACCUCAUGGUCUGUGAGGCUGAUCCUUUAUUAAAAUAAAGUUUGAGAUAUUUGAAA